GAUAGACCGAGGAGUAGACGUGUUUGGACACAGUUACUAAGCUAUAUUCAAAUUACAUUUUAAUGAUUAAACCAAUAAGUAUUAGUGAGUUAAUAAAGUUAUAGAGAAAUCUUGCAGUUUAGUGUAUUUAAAAUAAAAAUAAAAUUGCAUAGGAAAAAUUAGUGCGAUGCUUGUGAAUUUAUGCGUGCUUACACUCGCUUGCCUGUUCGCCUGGCUUUACUUGCGAUGGACUAAAGUGAGGUCAUACUGGUCCGAUAGGGAUGUCCCACACCUACCACCCCACCCCGUCUGGGGCAGCCUCACUUUCCUGCAACAAAUAAAUGUGGGACUAUGGUUCAAAAAUAUCUACUCCAAGUUCCAAUCUCCGUACUUCGGCAUCUGGCUGUUCUGGCGGCCGGCGCUGGUCGUCAACUGUCCGGAAAUCGGCAAGAGGAUCCUGGUCAAAGAUGCUGAUAACUUCAGAGACAGGUUCCUCAGCUCUGGCAAGAACGACCCCAUUGGAGCUUUAAACAUAUUCACUGUCAAUGAGCCCCUCUGGUCAUCGAUAAGGAGACGCCUGACAUCUGUAUUCACGUCAUCCAAACUCAAAUCAAUGCAUGGACUAUUUCAGCAGAAGAGUGUGGAAUUGGUGCAGCGCAUCCAAACAGAUCUUAAAGCCGGAAAAAAAUUUGAUACAAGAAGUUUGUACACGGAUUACACCACAGACAUCAUCGGCAUCGCCGCAUUUGGAGUGGACAGUAACGCGACGAUCACGGGAGAGAGUCACAUGAGGACAGUCACCAAGGAUUUUAUGGAGUACAGUUUCUGGAGGGGCAUGGCGUGGACUUCGAUCUUCUUCUUCCCUUCGUUAGUCGAUAUAUUUGGGUUCACUAUGUUUCCGAAGAAGACAACAGACUACUUUAGGAAGGUAUACCACUCCAUUGCGAAGCAGCGCAGCGCUGAGGGGAGCGGCAAGAAGGACCUCGUCGACGCUCUGCUGAAGAUCAAGCAGGACUCCUUGAACACCAAUGAAGGAAUAAGCGAUGAUGCUCUCAUAGCACAGGCUGCGGUCUUCCUUCAAGGUGGGUUUGACACUUCCGGCUCAGCUCUUACGUUCAUCACUUACGAAUUGGCGUAUAAUCAAGAAGUUCAGGAAAAACUUUACAACGAAAUUGCGGAGCUUAAACAAAGAAUUGGUGAUAAACCACUCCAGACUGACGAUCUCACCAAUUUGACGUAUUUGAAUUGUGUUAUAAAUGAAGCAAUAAGAAAAUACCCCCCUAUGGGUUUUCUGGACCGCAUAGCUGCUAAAGAUUACAAGAUCGACGAUAACCUGACAAUACCAGCUGGAACACCGGUGUAUGUGAAUGCUAUCGGGAUGCACUACGACCCCAAGUACUUCCCAGACCCUGAGCAGUUCAAUCCUGAUAGAUUUCUGCCUGAGAACGAGAAGAAUAUUCCGGCAAAUGUGUUCAUGCCUUUCGGUGAUGGUCCUCGGAAUUGUAUAGGCAUGCGUUUCGCCAAAUUAAACCUGUGCGCGGCUCUUGCGCACGUGUUCCUGCACUACCGUGUGCGCCCUCUGGCGGGCUUCCUCAAGCCCAACGACCUCGAGAUCGAGAAGAAUGCCAUCUUCUUAAUGCCAGGCGCCAUAAACCCAGUGGAGUUCGUGCCCAGGAGUGACGAAUUUAAAUAAAGCUUAUUCAAUCUC